AUGGGCUCCUGCGUGAAUGCGCUGCGUAUUGUAACUUUUUUAUUUAACUUUGCUUUUUGGCUAUCCGGUGUUGUAGUCUUCGGUCUUGGAAUAUGGCUCUUGUUUGAUCCGGCAGCUUCAGAUUUCUUUGCCCUCCACUCCACCCACCCAGGAGCCUUCCGGUAUGUCGGUUGGUUUCUUGUUGGAGCCGGUGCAAUUAUCAUUCUGGUCGGAUAUUUCGGAUGUAUUGGAGCAUGGAGAAUGAAUCAAUGUGCACUCGCAUUUUUCUGCUGCAUAUUAAUCUUCGCAUUCUUCCUCGAGUUGGCAGCUGCUGUCACACUUUUCCACAAACAAGAACACGUCAAACACUAUGUGGAAAGCAGUAUGUACGACACCAUUCGAAACCGCUACUCAUCGGAAACAGCCUUCAAAGAUGCAUUCGACACCGUUCAGGAGAAAUUUGAAUGCUGUGGAGUGAAGACUUAUACGGACUGGCUUAGUGCUAGAUGGGACGCCGAGCCAUCUACCCAAUUGGAAGUGAAUGAAGAGGACGCUGGAAGAAUUGAGCACGGAAUUGGAGCAUUUGGAGGGAAUAAGGGAACUGGAUAUGGACGUGUCCCAUCAUCCUGCUGUAACGAACAUGGAAAACUCUCCUACCCAAAUAACUGCGGUAAAUCUUUCAACCAAGCCCCACUCAACACAUAUUCCCAAUUCAUCAACACCCAGGGAUGUGCCGAUGCAGUAUAUGAAAGUGUUAGCAGCUCCCUGAACCUUAUUGUCGGAGUCUGUGUUAUCCUGUGUAUCGUUCAACUAUUGGGAAUCGUGUUGUCCAUGACGCUGUGCUGCUGUAAGAACAACUCGAAGAAAUAA